GGGUGUGUUGUUUCCAUGCUACUUUACUUACUACAAUGCGCCAUGCCUUCCUAGCUUUAGCACCUGGAACCAAUGAUGAUUACCUAGCUGCAAACGUGGAGGGAAGAAAGUUUAUUUAUUAAUCUCUAGAUUUGAUUUCGUAGCAGAGGAGAGGAGAGGAGAGGAGAGGAGAGGAGAGGAGAGGAGAGGUUGCAUGUGUGCGUGCGUGCGUGCGUGCGUGCAUGAGAACUUUUAGACGUGAGGUUAAUAAUAAUACAUGCAUUUUGGAAAGUUUAUUGCGACGGUGGUUGAUUGUUUGAUUGUUUGAACAUUUGAACAUUUGAUUAUGAGGAGGGUUGGCCGUGUUCACUCGGUUGGCUUGGGGGUUUUGUUAAAGGGAGACUAUUAACAGUUUGGAUUGAGGGUAAUAAUCAGUGUAAGGUACUGAUUGAUUGAUUGAUUGAUGGGUGUGGAAUUGAUGGAAUCUUCGGUUUGACAUGUAUGUCUCAUAAGCAAUGAUCUUAUGACGGACGGGAUUAUCAAAAGACUCCACUCUCCUGCGAAUACUCCAAUCGAUACGAGUACCUUACAUAUCUCUUCCUGCCUGCAUACCUAAUUAUCUCAAUUACCAGAUUGAUUGUGAGAUUCAUGAAAUCUGAGCUGCGAAUUACUGGAACCAAAGUAUCCGUCCCCAUGAUCUCGACAUUUCAAUUCUCUGCGUCGCGCGCUUUACGAAUGAAGGGUGCGCUCUAGCACGGUGCUGGAUUGCAUUGCGUAGGAUAGGAGAGGAUAUUAGUGGAUAGUUCGCAGUUACUGGUACAAUGGCAGACGCGCAUUCAGAUGGCAGGACGGGCAGUACGACUCCGGGAAAGAUUACUCGACCGGAAACUACGGGCACGAAGAAUACACACUCUGAUAAUGCAUCGACAUCUGCCCCUGGGAAUUCAGCAUCGGCAUCGGCAUCAGCAUCGGCGUCGGCUUCGACUUCAACUUUGCAUUCGAAUUCGAGCACGACGACAUCUUCUCCGCAGCGAAUGAUAAACCAUAAUCCGAGUACAAGUUCGCUUCGAAAUAUAAAUACAGGAGGAACGAGAAUAGAAACGGGAACGGGAAGAGGAACGGGCGCAGUGCAGAAUGCGGCGUUGACGGGCGCUGCUCUGGCUUUCUCGAAUGCGAUGGGCAAGGCGACGCCAGUGGUGCCGAAUAAGUUUGCGGGGAAAACACAAUUGGGAGGGAAUGGUUUGGGGGGGAAAGAUGGGGCAUUGGCGGCUGCUACGAAGGUGAGGGUUGGAGGGGGAGGGUCCCCUAAUAAUGGAGGAGGGAGAACGAGAAGUCCUUCUAAGGUUUCGGUGACGGAUCCGGGGAUGGGAGGUGAACAGCAGAUAUACGGAUAUCAAAAAGUAGGGAGGGAAAGGACAGGGGAGAGCGAAACAGAUGGGGGAAGUGUUAUUAGUGGAGGACUGGAAUAUCAAGGGGGGCAGAGAAUCCCUCAAAAACGAAAUCAAAGACCGAAUGGACAUUUACUACCUCCAUUUUCGGGUACAUCGGAAACCAGUCCGAAUGUGAAAAAUAAUUCGGCGGCGUUUAUGGCGGCGAAUUUGGCGGCAAAGAGAAGUAGGGAAAAUAGUCCGAGUCAUACGGGUCAAAAUUAUGGGAUGGGGAUGGGAAUGGGGAAACAGGCAAGUCCAUUGCCGAGUAGAAGACAGAGUUAUGCGAGUUCGAUUGAUAGUACGGAUAGGAGGGUGGAUUUAUCGAGUAUUCCUCCCACGUCUAAUUUGGUGGAGAUGUGGGAGCAGCCGGAUAAGGGAGUGAAGAAAGAAAGAGGACUUGUCAGUAAUAGGGGAAAUGAGAUUGUGAAUAGACAGGUUCAGAAAAGACCGGUUUCGAGUCAUGCGCCUAUACCUGUUUUGAAGCCGGCAGGCCUGACCAGACCGGUUUCUUCUCAUGCUUCAGAAUCUUCAGUACAAUCUCGAAUUGCUUCUUCGCAAGCCCCUAUUUCUGAGCAAGUAAAAUCGAAGCCGAAGCCUGUGAUACACCCGCGACCUUCUUCUUCACAAGCUUCUGUGCCUGGGCCCUCGAAACCUGUGUCAAAGCCUGACGUACAGCCUCCGCCUGUUUCCUCCCAUACUACUAGUUCCGAAGCCCCCAAACCAUCUCCAAAACCUCCAGUGCAGAAGCCUGCCAUAUACAAUACUCGACCUGCUUCUUCUCAUGGCCCAGUGCCUAAUCUUUCUACAAAGCCUUCAAUUCAAAAACUCUCCCGGCCGGUUUCUUCUCAUGGACCACCGCCUGCGAAACCGUCAGCCAAGCCCUCGCUACAAUCUAUUCGACCUACAUCUUCUCAUACUCUUGAAUCUACUGAGUCAUCAUCGAAGGCAUCAGUACAAAAGCCUUCUUUACCACCUCCACGACGUACACCUGCUAACCUUUCUGUAUCGGGAGACCAAUCGACGAGCCUUCCCAUGCACGCGCCUCAGCCACGUUCAAUGCAAUCUCCUAUAUUAACGACAGCUGACAGAACUGAGCCAGCCUCAGAAUCUCCCACUCAAUCUCCAAGGAGUUCUUCUACCACCAAAACUCCUCGUAGAUCUUCCAAACCCACACUACCGUCUAGACCACCCGUGUCCAGACAAUCCUACAACAACGAUGCUGACGAUGAUGAAUCCUCAGAUGAUUCUUUCGUAUCCGCGUCUUCUCAACCUAAACCCAAAUCACCCUCCUUUCGUGCAAAGAUAGCAGAGCAAAAACGACUUCAGACGUCCACUUACGCCCCGAGUAUGACUGCCAAAACCCUUUCCAACGCUAUGGUAGCUGGAUACCUUGCAUCAUCACGUGCCUCUACUCCUUCUAUAUCCCCUGGAGUUAUUCAACCUCCAGCUCCCCCUCCCCCUCGACGACUCAAGAAAUUUUUCCAUUCCGAACAUUCAAGAACACCUACACCUCCUCAGAACACUUUAUCGGCAACUGGAGUUCCAACUAUGAAAACCACGAUGCGGAAACCUAAGACGGAGAAAGAAUUGAAGGAAGAAGAAGGAGAGGGGGAGAAGAGAAGAGCUAAGAAGCAUUUGGUUAAGAAACAUCCAAAUAAACAUGAUGAGGGAAAUCGAAAGAGAUGGAGAGAUGAAAUUACGGAGAAAGAGAGGAAAAGAUAUGAAGCUCUCUGGGCUAGUAAUAAAGGUCUUUUUCCCUACACGAUGGAUCCUCGUGGAGAAAUCAUAGAAAUUGAAGGGGCGGCGGAUACGGUGCCGGGAAUGGUGGUGAAGGAUCUGUGGGAGAGGAGUAGAUUGGGAGGAGAUGUGUUGGAGGAGGUUUGGGAGUUGGUCCAUGGAAAGGGAUAUUGGGGACGGCAGAAGCAGAAGCGCUUUGGGAGAUUGGAGAGAGAUGAAUUUGUGGUGGGUUUGUGGCUUAUUGAUCAGAGGUUGAAGGGGAGGAAGUUGCCCGCGAGGGUUAAUCAUAGUCUUUGGGCGAGUGCGUCGUAAUGGGUGGGAUGAGCUCAAUGGGUGGGGGUGUAGGAUAAGUAUGCAGAUUGAUUGAUGGGUUGGUUGGUGGGUUGGGUUGGGUAACAGAUGAAUUUGGUUGAGUCAUAUGAGCAUGAGCUUGAGCUUGAGCUUGAGCAAGAGAUAUAUUUGCAUCCAGGAAAUUAGAGAAUGAGGACCUCCCUGAAGGUUAAUAGAGUAAGAGUGAAAGAGAGGAUUAGAAGUUCUGAAGAAUAACUCGCAAGAGGGGGGUGUAUAUAGAUAGAUUGGAUUAAAAUGGAUUUGGAUUUGGAUUGGGCAAAGUUGUAAGCAAGGCAAGGUUGCUUGUAUGAAUAGAUGGACGGAUUGUAUUAUAUGGGUGGAAGGAUGAGUUUGUGUGGAAUGGGAUUGCAUUAGCUUGCACUUGAUACCUCUAGCGCGUUGAAUAAACAGUAUGCAUGCAUGCAUAUAUAUAUAUAUAUAUAACGGGAUUAUUAAUACUUUAAUCAGUAGUGCGCAGUAGAAUCAGAAUUGUUUUUGUAUCCUAGGACUUGUGUAUAGUGGAUAAAUGGAUGGAUGUGAGAUUCCA